GAGCCAACAUGGAGCCCGACCGUGGCAGGAGCUGUCAUGGGCUGCUCCGUGCUGCAGCGGGGAUGUGGAAGCUUCACAGUGAUGGAGACACGGCCAUGUCGCCCCACAGCCACGCCAGGACCUUUCCUUGCCCUCAGAGUAUCCCUAGGCUGUGUCAUCUCCAUUUGCUGGAGCUGGGCUGAGAUGGCGAGCCGGGCACUGAGUGCCCUGCGCCUCACGGCCGCGUCCCGGCCGCCGCUCGCCACCUGUGUCCGCAGCAAUUCCAACCGCGCCGCCAUCUCCCACCUGCACCGGCAUCUCUACGGCCGCCUGUACCCCGUGCUGCUGGUCAGCACCGACGGCUCCACCGUCCGCCUCCGCUACCGCGAGCCCAAGAGGAUCCUCAUGAUGCCCCUGGACAGCAGCACACUGCCCGAAGCCGAGCGCAAGGCUCGUCUGCGCCGGCACUUCCCCAGCAAGCUUAAGGCCAAGGAGGAGGAAACCUUCGAGGGCAUCGACCUGGACACCUACAAGAAGUUCUGGAAGAAGUGAAGCGCUAAAACCAGAAAUGUAUAAAUCCAUAAAUAAAUAAAUAUAAGUACA